GCACCUGGAUCACACCGGGGCUCAUCCAAACUUUGGACAAGUGCCGCCGUGAGGACUCGCAAGUGAAAGUCUACUCCGUGGAGCUCUGGGAGAAGAGUUCGGGAAACCUUGCAGCAGUGAUCAUGGCUCUCAGUGUCGGCGACAUCUUCCACGACUACACCACCGUGACGAUCCUCCGAGAUGGUCGUUCGCCGGGUUCAAUCCUCACCAAGGUGCUCGGCCACUUGUUGACCCAAGCGGGCUUCACACUCUGGUACUGGGGUUUCAAGAACCCCUACAUGGCCGAGUAUGAUGCAAGCUACGGUGGGGUGGAGCUAGACAACGCCGAGGAGUUCUGGCCUCGCUGGCGGCGUGCCAUGGCAUUGGCGAGAUCCUCGGAGAACUGCGACCUGUCUCGGCGCAUCGCCCCCGGAGGGAGCGCGUCUGCUGGCGGGAUCGACCUGGCUACACUGUCGUGA